ACUCUCGUCUCCCUCCCGUGCCCGACGAAAUCCCCACCUCUGCCUCUCCUUCCUCCGAACCCUAACCCCAGCCAUGCCCCCCGGCGCGGCGGCCGCCGCCAAAUCCGAUGACGAGGACGACUACGAGGAGUACAUCCCCGUCUCCAAGCGCAGGGCCAUGGAGGCCGACCGCCUCCGCCACCAGCGCCUCUCCAAGCCCGCCGCCGCCGCCUCCGCGGGCUCCCUACCACCGCCCCCGCCCCCGCCGACGGCCAACCCCGCCGCCGCCCCCGAUGACGCAGCCCCCGCCGACAAGCCCAGCCUCCUCGUCACGUCCACGCAGCUCAAGCGCGCGGCCCCGGAGGUCACCGCCACCGAGCAGAUCAUCCUGCAGGAGAAGGAGAUGAUCGACAACCUCUCCAACAAGAACACGCUCAUGUCCGUGCGGGAGCUCGCCAAGGGCAUCACCUACACCGAGCCGCUCCGCACCGGCUGGAAGCCGCCGCUGCGGCUCCGCCGCAUGCCGCGCACCAAGGCCGACGAGCUCCGCCGCAAGUGGCACAUCCUCGUCGAAGGCGACGAGAUCCCGCCGCCCGCCCGCGACUUCCGUGACCUCCGCUUCCCCGAGCCCGUCCUCCGGAUGCUCCGCGAGAAGGGCAUCGUGCAGCCCACGCCCAUCCAGGUGCAGGGGCUUCCCGUGGUGCUCUCCGGGCGCGACAUGAUCGGCAUCGCCUUCACCGGGUCAGGGAAGACUCUGGUGUUCGUGCUGCCCCUCAUCAUGGUGGCGCUGCAAGAGGAGAUGUUGAUGCCUAUUGUGCCUGGGGAGGGCCCGUUUGGCAUGAUCAUUUGCCCAUCACGGGAGCUGGCCAAGCAGACAUAUGAUGUCAUCGACAUGUUCCUCACUCCACUCAAGCAGGCUGGAUUCCCAGAAAUACGACCAUUGCUUUGCAUUGGGGGUAUAGACAUGAGGACACAACUCGAUGUGGUGAAGAAGGGCGUACAUAUUGUGGUGGCCACACCUGGACGGCUCAAGGAUCUUCUCGCCAAGAAGAAGAUGAACCUUGACAAUUGCAGGUAUUUAACUUUAGAUGAAGCUGAUAGGCUUGUUGAUCUUGGAUUUGAAGAUGACAUUCGGGAGGUUUUUGACCAUUUCAAGGCACAAAGGCAAACCCUUCUUUUUUCUGCCACUAUGCCCAAGAAGAUUCAGAACUUUGCAAAGAGCGCCCUCGUAAAGCCAGUUAUCGUCAAUGUUGGAAGAGCUGGAGCAGCAAAUCUUGAUGUCAUCCAAGAAGUUGAGUAUGUCAAGGAAGAUGCCAGAAUUAUAUAUCUCCUUGAAUGCCUUCAAAAGACUCCACCUCCUGUUCUUAUAUUUUGUGAAAACAAAGCUGAUGUUGACUACAUCCAUGAGUAUCUUCUUCUAAAGGGGGUGGAAGCUGUUGCAAUCCACGGAGGCAAAGAUCAGGAGGAGAGGCAAAACGCGAUUGAGUUCUUCAAGAAUGGAAAGAAGGAUGUUUUGGUGGCUACUGAUGUUGCCUCAAAGGGUCUUGAUUUCCCUGAUAUCCAGCACGUGAUUAACUAUGAUAUGCCUGCCGAAAUAGAGAACUAUGUCCACAGGAUUGGUCGAACUGGUCGAUGCGGGAAAACGGGAAUAGCAACCACGUUCAUCAACAAGAACCAGACAGAGACCACGCUUCUUGACCUCAAGCACCUGCUCAAGGAAGCGAAGCAAAGAAUACCACCAGUGCUUGCUGAGCUCGUUGACCCGCUGGAGGAUGCUGAAGCUAUUGCCAAGGAGAGUGGUGUCAAAGGAUGUGCAUUCUGUGGUGGGCUUGGGCAUCGUCUUGCUGACUGUCCAAAGCUGGAGCACCAGAAGUCCGUGGCGAUUGCCGGCUCCAGAAGAGAUUACUACGGCGGUGGAGGUUACCGUGGAGAAAUAUGAUUACAUCAUCAUAUUAUUAUGACUGUAUGUUUUAUCAAGAGGUAAAAUGCUGCAGCUUCAGCUCAUCCAUGCUUGAGAGAUCAUGCAAUCUGAAGUUCCCUCCUUAGUCCUCGUAUCCUAGAAGACUUGUCAUCACAUUAUGUUUCAAGUGAUGAUGACUUGAUGUAGUAUAUUUCUCUGCAUACGAAGCUGUACUGUUGUAAUAUGUAAUAUCGAGUGGCAGAUUUUUCGGUGAGGAGGGUAUUAUUUCUUGAGCACCAGUAUCAUGUCUAAAUAGUGAUCUAAACGCUCUUAUAUUUCUUUACAGAUGAGUAACAGAGAGUGAGCUGUGAAGCUAUAAUAGUUA